AUGCUCAGACGACAACGUCGACCCCGUCUUCAGGAUCAAAAUGAAGUCCUUUAUUAUAAGCCAUCCAGUGGUGCUGGCUAUGCGGAUUAUGAGAGUAGUGAAACUGACUCAUCUCAAUUGCUGCCUUUUCGUCAUCAUUAUCAUCCUCAUCCCGCUACUACAGAAGUACCGAGUGUAUCUGGCCGGGCUUUGGCAUAUCAGCAUCAUAAUACUGCAAUUCCAGCAGGCGAGUACGCUCCACAGCGACACUAUCCGAAGCGACGUACCAUACGAGAGCCUGUCAGCUUAAGCACCGGCACAGUUCCCUGCGUUACGGGAGGAAUGGAGGAGAGCUCAGCUCCCACAGAUAGUGCCACUUCCGCUUCUCACCUUCCUGUUAUUGGAUGUAUUCGUCGUCGUCCAAAAAUGCCGGCCUCAAAUAGUCGAAGAGGUCUUGGUUUGUUAUUGCCUAAUCCCUCUUCACUACCGCCAGGAUAUCAGGAUAUUUACGGGUUCAGUUAUUCUUCGCAGGAAGAUGAAGUAACCUGCGGUGAGGACACAGUAGAAGAAGGAGAAGCCUUGGGAGGUGUAGAAUUGAAAGCAGGAGAAGGCAACCCACAAGAAGUCGAGGAUGUAAAAGAGCCUGAAAUCAAGCCUUUUCGGAGAAGUCUUGGGCUUAUAAUGUGGCCUAAGGUAGUUUCCGGAGUUUCUCUAGGAGAUACACCUGUUAGUAACUCCGAGAACAAAAGUGAGGUGGCUACUGGCCCCGGCAGAGUUCUACAAUUCAGAUAUGACAAUGGAGCCAAUGAUGCUGAUAUUGAGGAUGAGGGUUGCAGCUUGGUGAGUGGGUGA